UUACGUAAAGACGCUUAUGAGGGAAGUGGGACUGGCUGUAAGGGAGGAUGCCAUCGGCAACAUCUUUGGCAGAUGGGAGGGAUCCAAUCAAUCGCUGCCAGCUGUCGUCACAGGGUCGCACACGGAUGCGAUCCCAUUGGCCGGGAAAUACGAUGGCGGGGUGGGGGUGCUGGGGGCGAUCGCUGCCAUCCAGGCGUGAAGCGGGCUGGGUUCUCCCCCCAUCGCCCGAUCGAUGUGCUCAUGUUCACCUCUGAAGAGCCGACGCGCUUUGGGAUAGGCUGCCUGGGCAGUCGCAUAUUGGCCAAUCAAACUGGCUAUCUCGAUCGCCUGCUGGCGCUACGGGACAAAGACGGCCGCUCUUUCGCCGAGGCUGCCGCCGAGGCUGGGUACGGGGAGGCUCGGAACACAGGUUCGGUGGCAGCAGUGGCUUUGGGUCGGGAGCAAGUGGGGGCUUUUGUGGAGCUUCAUAUUGAGCAAGGGCCAUUACUGGAAGAACAAGGACUGGAUAUCGGCAUAGUGACAGCGAUUGCAGCACCAGCAACGCUGAUGGUCGACUUUAGUGGAGGAGGGGGGCAUGCCGGCGCACUACUCAUGAAGCACAGGAACGAUGCGGGGUAUUCUGCAGGGCAUCUCAUGCUUCAGCCCAACGCAGUGAACAGUGUGCCUCGCCAUGCACGCUUAGAGAUUGAUAUUCGAGAUAUCGACGAGGCGAGGCGAGACGGCGUGGUUUCAAAGGUCGUGGAUGCCGCAAGGAGAAUUGCCGCCAGACGGAAAGUGAAGGUGGAGAGAAUGGAGUUGGUCAAUGCCGACCCGCCCGCCCAGUGCAGCAGCAUGGUGACGUCAGCUGUUUUGUCUGCAGUGCAGGAGCUGGGGCUGAGCCACCAACGCAUGGUCAGCCGGGCCUAUCACGAUGCACUGUUCAUGGCGAGGGUGGCGCCAACAGGCAUGGUCUUCAUUCCCUGCCGAGGAGGAGUGAGCCACCGCCCGGAUGAGUUCACAUCCAAGCUCGAGUACUAUUGGCAGGUGCUCAACCUGACCAAGGUACUCGAGCUUGGGUGUGAGCACCUGCCAAUAGUUCACAUCCAAGGUCGAGUACCUUGGCAGGUGCUCAACCUGAUCAGCAGUGUGCGCGUGCUCGCACUUACACUCACCAAGCCCUCGCUUCCUUCCUUGAUCUUCCUACUCGUUCUCUUGCCUCCCUGCUCCCCUCAGGAGUGA